AUGUCUGAGAGAGAAGAGAAUUCAAAUCCUGCUACUCCUCCUACUAAUCUCUCAUUGCCUCCUCAACCUAGUGGAUCAUCUGGGCAUAAGAAUCGAUCACAGAUAUGGGAAUAUUUCAUUUCAGUCGAAGGGAUAGAGAAGUAUGCGAGAUGUAAAAGCUGCAACGGUCAAAUAAAAUAUGCGGCGGGGGGAACAAGUGCUAUGCGGCAACAUUGGAAGCGAUGCUUUGACUUGGACAAUGAGCAGAGCAAGAGACAAAGAAUAGAAGGGGGAUCAAGUGGUUCUAUAUCCUCACUGAGUGUUACAAAGUUUGACCAAGCAGUAUCUCAAAGUAUCCUCACUGAGAUGUUUAUGACUGAAGAGCUAGCUUUUCAAUUUGUUGAGGGUCAUUCAGGAAAGGUACUUGGUAGAGCUAUUGAAGAUUGUUUGGAUGCUUGGAAAUUGCAUCAAGUUUUUACUGUAACGGUUGAUAACGCAACUUCUAUUGAUGGUGCAAUUUUAUACUUGAAAAGGAGAUUAAAUGCAUGGAAUAGUCUAGUUUUGAAGGGGGACUAUCUUCAUAUGCGUUAUAGUGCUUAUAUCCUGAAUUUGAUAGUGAAAGAUGGCUUCAAAAAGAUUGAUGAUUCAAUUACGAGAAUUUGCAAUGCAGUAAAAUAUGUCAAGUCAUCCCCUAUGAGAAGUGAAAGCUUUAAAGCAUACAUUGAGUGGGAGAGCAGCAAUUAUAAAGGGCUUGUUUCUUUGGAUGUCGAAACUCAAUGGAAUUCGACAUAUUUAAUGUUGGAGGCAGCAUUGAAGCUUCGAGUGGCAUUUGAUUUGCUUGAGUUGCAAGAUGAUAAAUAUAUUAAUAAGCCGAGCAAAUUAAAAAUAUUCUAUGACACUGCAUUGCACAUUUCUUAA